UCAGAUUUAAAUGAUGAUCAGCCUGGUCCGGUUCGUUUAAUUUACCGGCCAUCAGCGUGUGAAUACGAGGCCAAAUGGUUUGAGCGACCCUUCCAUCGACCCACAGAACAA